AUGGCACAGCAGUUCCUCGCGGACCGUAACGGGUGGCUGUCGUUCAAGCAGAGCACGCCGACGCUGUACGUCACGGCCGAAGACGAGGAGUUCGACCUGGAGACGCUGCGGGCGUGGCGCGACGAGGGCUUCGUGGUCAAGUACGUGCCGCUGGGCAAGGACGGCAAGGCGUACGUCAAGACGCUGCACCAGCUGGGCGACGGCAUGGGGAUCGGCGAGCGCUACGCCGUCGUGGCCUUUGGCGAGGCCGCCGCCAUCUGCCUCGACGUCUUCAACGAGCCCAAGACCGCCACCUCCAAGCUGUGCUCGCUCGUCGCCUACUACCCGACCACCAUCCCGGACCCGCGCCGCCGCUUCACCGCCAGCUUCCGCGUCCUCGUGCACCUCGCCCAGGGCAGCGGCGAUGAGGAGACCAUCGGCAUCGUCCGCCGCCCCGAAGUCCUCGGCAUCCAGGCCCGCCGCAAGACCAUCACCAAGCGCGUGACCCCGGGCAUCGGCGCCGGCGGGCUGCUGAACAAAAUGCAGUACCCAGCGUACACGUACGAGGGCGUGGACCCGGGGUUCGCGGAGCACGAUCUGGAGCAGUACGACGCGGUCGCGGACGCGGUGGCGUGGAGCCGCAGCCUGAGCGUGGUGCGGCGCGGGUUCAGCGCGGAGGUCGACAUCGAGCGGCCGUGGGAGGAUAAUGUGGAGCAAAAAUACCGCGACCACAACGUCGCAAAGCUCAUGGACACAUACACCACGCACCCCCUCCCCAGCGUAAACUUCACCCCCACCAUGACCGGCGGCCACGGGCGCCCGGAGUUACAACGCUUCUACGCCGACUUCUUCCUCCCGUCCGCCCCGCCGUCCCUGCACAUCCGCCUGAUCUCGCGCACCGUGGGCGCCGACCAGCUCGUCGACGAGCUGUACGUGCAAUUCAAGCACACGUGCACCAUGCCAUGGAUCUUACCCGACGUGGCGCCGACGAACCAGAAAGUCGAGAUCGUAGUCGUCAGUAUUGUGGGGAUUCGCGCGGGGAAGAUCUGGUCCGAGCGCGUGUAUUGGGAUCAGGCGAGUGUGUUGUUUCAGGUGGGGUUGUUGGAUAGCGAGGAUGUGCCUGAGAAGUUUAAGAAGGAGGGGUUGGAGAUGUUGCCGGUCAGUGGGAGUGAGAGUGCAAGGAAGGUUAUGGAUGUUGAGAGUGAGGAGGCGAAUUUCAUGAUUGAUGCGUGGUAGUCAAGAAAGGGGUAAUUGUGUUGAAUUUGUUUAGGGGAGUUGGAUGGAGCGGUCGGUGGGGAUUUGGGUUGGGCUGAUACCUGUUGUGGCUGUGGGAUAGUUGAAUAGCGUUCUGUGUGGUCUGGCUGAAUGUACGAGUCUUGAUGGAUGUGAGUUUGGACGGUUCUGUCGUGCGAGAUUGAAGCUGCUGGUCUGUGAAAGUUACGAGAAUCAGACCCACGUACAGAUAUCUCUAAUCAGGCGCUACAUAUAUGGCUCGUUGAGUUGCA